AGCACCUCCUCUAGCUGCGCUGCGCCAUAGGUUUAUCUUCCAUAUCCAUGACUUCCGAUCGGUUGCUCCACAGUUUCGACAUAUCUUCCACACGACAAAUGUAAGGUGCGCUGCAUCAUCGAGCUUGCAAGCCUCCGCUUCAUUCAACAAAAUCACACCAUCUACUCCAGAUAGAAUUCCAGAUAGAAUUGAAGGAUGUAAUCUACCCAUCUCAUAUCAUUUUUCCUGUUUAUGCAGAUAAGGCAUAAUGUAUAGACAAAAUAGAAUUUGGAUGUAUGAUAAACAUGCGGUAUUGUACGGAAUGCAAUCAAAUUUUCUUGAAGGAGUUGAGGAGUUUAUUAAAUUCGCACUUGAACACCCGGCUUAUAUGAGUGGUGAUAAAAUCAUAUGUCCAUGUUCAAAGUGUAAAAAUCUCAAAUUUAAACACCCAGACGAAAUUGGGUGGGAUUUGUACGCGGACGGUUUCCUUCCCAAUUAUUAUAAUUGGACUUCUCAUGGUGAACCUUUGGAUCCAUCUGUUUUACCACAAACGGUAGGUUCGUCUCGUAACGUCCCUGCAGAGAUGAGUGUGUGGGGAGACCCUGCUGAAAUGAGAUGGGAGCAACGUAUGGUAUAUGACGCAUUCGGUGAUCGAUGUCUCAGUCCCCCCCCCCCCCCCCCCCCACAACCAUCUAACGAUCCUCCUGAAGCCUCGACCUCGUAUCAACCACAUGAGGAUGAAAAUCCGAUAUUUUAUGAACCUUAUGUGGAUGAAGGUUUAGCUGAAAUAUUUCAAGAUGUUUUAAAAACAGACGAUCAACCCAUGUAUGCUGAUUGUGAGGGAUACUCUCAGAUAUCCGCCGUUACAGAGUUUAUGAACAUAAAAGCUGAAUACAGUCUCCCUGAAAUAUGCAUGACUAGAGUCUUGCAGUCAGUAGGCGGGAUGCUACCACGUGAUCAUAACCUUCCCGAUUCAUAUUAUCACAUGAAACAAUUAAUGUCUAAGUUGGGGCCACCUUAUAUAGAAAUUGAUGCGUGCCCGGAAGGAUGUAUGUUGUUCUGGAAGGAUGAUGAGGCAAUUGAAUUCUGCAAGUUCUGUGGUGGAAACAGAUACAAACUUGUUCCUCAAAGUAGAAAGAAACCACGAAAUAGGUCGGUAUUAUCUAAACUGUAUUACCUCCCAAUAGCUUCACGACUUCAGAGGAUGUACGCUUCGACUGCUACUGCGAAACACAUGACAUGGCACGAAACAAAUGUAUGUUGAUGCAUUACGUUUUGGCCCAACCCACAAUGUAAAAUUCUUAAACCCGG